AUGCGGAGUGUAGGCUGGCUCAUUGCAGCCUCGCUUCUUACAGCAUGCAUCUUCCCGGGCGCUCAAGCACAGGGUCCAGCGCCCACUAGAACGAAUGGUACCGGGCCAUUGUCUCAAUUCAAAUCGAGACCUGACAUCUUUGCGCCUUUCCUUAAUAUUUCCCUAUUUGACGAGGAGGCGGUGGCUCCUGGAUAUAUCUUCCUUGCGCCAUACCAGACAUUUCAAGAGGCGAUCUACAUCUAUGACAACAGAGGAAAUCUGGUAUACUCUGGCUUCGGCUCGACUGGCGGCGGCCCGUCGCAUAACUUCCAUGUCUGUUCGAUCAACGGUACCGACAAUCUCUGCUUCAUCACCGGCGCCCAGAACGUCGGGUACGUCCGCGGGUAUGCGGCGGUCCUCGACGACACAUUCACCAGCAGGACAUCGAUACAUUCUCAGGGCGGAUUGGCGAAUUUUGAUGAACACGAAUACAAUGUCCUAGACGGCGGGAAGUCGGCCCUAUUCACCUUGUACAAUCCCGAACACUACGACUUGACAGAGUACAAUGUCACCUCUGGCCAAGGCUGGAUUCAAAACAACUUCUUCCAGCACAUUGAGCUGGGGACUAGCCAACUAUUGUUCGAAUGGUCGGCUAUCGACCACGUUCCGUUGGAAGAAUCCUUUGUCUUGCCCGACACGACCGAGGUCUCCGGCAAUGGGUUUACUUCGACCAGUCCGUGGGAUUACUUCCACAUUAACAGCGUAGACCAAAACGCCGAUGGCGACUACUUAGUCUCUGCGCGUCACACGUCCACCGUCUACAAGGUAUCUGGGCAAGACGGACAUAUAAUCUGGAGGCUGGGUGGAAAAGCUUCCGAUUUCAGUUUCGCCCCGGGUUUGAAUUUCAGUUUCCAGCAUGAUGCACGGUUCCGCGAGGAAAACAGGAGCACGACCAUUAUCUCGUUGUUUGACAACGCCUCGAAUGGAUUCAACCAGACUUCGCGCUACUCGGCAGGCAUGUAUCUGAAACUGGACCAUACAGCAAACUCGGUGUCGCUUAUUCAGGAGUUUGUUGCGCCGUAUCAAUUCAUCUCGGCAUCUCAAGGAAAUAUGCAGCUGCUCGGGUCAAACCAGGACUGGAGGACUUCGAAUGUCUUCCUGGGCUGGGGGUCGAACGCGUACAUUUCCGAGUAUGCUCCUGAUGGACAUAUGGUACAGCAGGGCCAUUUUGCCACAUCAGGGUCAAUGAACUAUCGGGCGUACAAGCAGAACUUCACAUCCAAUCCCACAGACGCUCCGGCCUUAUACACCUAUGCGCACAACACGAGUGCCCCGACAUUCUAUUGGGUGAGUUGGAAUGGCGCCACGCAAGUGGCUCAAUGGCGCCUCUACGCCAGCACAUCUCGCAAUGGACCGUGGACGGUAGUGAACACGGUUGACAAGUUAGGCUUUGAGACCAUGUUCACGGCGCCCCGAUAUCAUCAAUGGAGCAUGGUUGAAGGCCUAGACGCACAAGGAAACGCACUCAAGAAUAACACACGGCCGAUCAGGACGUUCGUGCCCAGUCCCCAGCUUGCGGCUGCAUGCGACAGCUCUCAGUGUCCCGUGGCUGUGGCCUACCACCCUCCCAGUUCUACGCAGACAGAGGCGUCGUCGGCCACCAGUUCCAGCGCGGCGGUGCAUGUCCACAAGCGAGACUUGACGGGCGAGGUCGGGUUUGCUGCCAUGGUGGGAAUGGGGGCAAUGAUGGUAUAG